AUGAACGCGGCGCGGGGAGGCGGAGCGGGGGACGGGUCGCGCGAUGCGUCGAAGAAGUCGAGCAAGCGCUCCACCGGCAGCCGGCGGAGUGGCGCGAGCAAGGGUGGAUCGAGCGGCACAGCAGCGGGUGAGCGAGCAGUGCGGCGCCUGAGGCUGUCAAAGGCGCUAACGCUGCCCGACACCACGACAGUGGCGGACGCGUGUCGGCGAAUGGCCAACCGCCGCGUGGACGCGUGCCUGCUCACCGACUCCAGCGCGCUGCUUUGUGGCAUCAUGACGGAUCGGGACCUGGCGUUGAAGUGUGUGGGCGAGGGCCUGGAUGUGAACAGCACGCUGGCGUCAGCAGUGAUGACCAAGAACCCCACCUUCGUUACUAUUGACUCGUCUGCUGUGGACGCACUGCAACGCAUGGUGCAGGGGAGGUUCCGCCACCUGCCAGUGAUAGAGGAGGGCGAGGUGGUGGCACUGCUGGACAUCACGCGGUGUCUGUACGACGCCAUUGCCAAGAUGGAGCGCGCUGCUGAGAGGGGCGACGCGCUAGCUGCUGCCAUGGAGGGCGUGGAGAGGCAGUGGGGGGGCAACGCCGCCAUGGGAUUCGUGGAGACGUUUCGGGACAAGGUGUUCCGGCCCACACUCGCGACAGUGCUGGGGGACGAACCCAGGCUGGCCACAGUACUCAAGACGGACCUGGUGCGCACGGCAGCGAGGAGGAUGAGGGAGAGCCGAGUGAGCUCAGUGAUUGUCACCAACGGCGCCACCAACCGCCCCUGUGGCAUCCUCACGUCCAAGGACAUUCUCACGCGAGUGCUAGCACUCAACCUGCAUCCAGACACCACCCUCGUUGACAAGGUGAUGACGCCGAACCCAGAGUGUGUGCUGCUGAGCACGCCCGUGGUGGACGCCCUUCACACCAUGCACGACGGCCGCUUCCUGCACCUCCCCGUUGUCGACCCAGAUGGCAACUGUGUCGCAUGUGUAGAUGUGCUUCAGCUCACUCAAGGCGCCAUGUCCUCCGCUGCGGCAGCGUCGGGGUCGGAGAGUGGUGACGCCAUGGGGCAGCUCAUGCAGCGCUUCUGGGACUCCGCCCUCGCCCUGCCGCCUGCUGACACCGAGGAAGACACCGCCAGUGUGCGCAGCAGUGACAUGUCGGACCAGGUGCGCCCCUCAGGCAGCAGGAGGAGAGGAGGCGGCGCAACAGCAGCAGGUGGAGCAGGGGGAGCAGGUGUUACUCCUGCUGGUGCAGUUGGUGCAGGGGCGCUGGGAGCCGGAGGAGCCAUGGGAGGAGCAAUUGGAGGAGCGAUGGUGGGGGGGUUGGGCGAGGAUCUGUUUUCGUUCAAGCUGGAGGACAGGAGGGGGCGCGUGCACCGGUUCACUGCGGGCAGUGAGAGCAUGACGGAGCUGGUGUGCGCCGUGGCGUCAAGGCUUGGAGGGGACUAUGACCCCGACAACCCGCCCUCCAUCCUCGUGAGUCCAUCACUCUCCGCUGGUCACUUCUGGGGGUGCGUGCACCGGUUCACGGCGGGCAGUGAGAGCAUGACGGAGCUGGUGUGCGCCGUGGCGUCGAGGCUUGGAGGGCCAUCUAUCUCUCUCUGGUCGUUUGUGGCCAUUCCUGGUCAAGGACUGUCAUGCCAGCAACCCUGCCAAUCCCCCCAUGCGCCACAUCCCCUCCAUGCCCCGCAUCCCCCCAUGCGCCAGUACGCGGACGAGGACAAUGAUAGGGUGUACGCGGAUGAGGACAAUGACAUGGUGGUCAUCUGCACUGACGAGGAUCUGCAUGCGGCUGUCAAGUUUUACGCGGACGAGGACAAUGACAUGGUGGUCAUCUCUACAGACGAGGAUCUGCACGCGGCUGUCAAGUUCGCCAAAGCUACCGGCAUCAAGGGUUUGAAGCUCCAUCUUGAAUUUCACGAUGAUGAGGACCCGGACUCCCAUUCCAUGCACGGAUCGCAACAUGGGUCGCAACACGGGUCGCAACACGGGUCACAACGUGGAUCGCUUCGCACGUCGCAUCACCAGCGCACACCAUCGCAAAUCAACGGCUCUCGUCGCACCAACCUUUCCACCCCACCUCGCCCAUCCACGCCACGAAAAUCCGCCGGGCCUGCCUCACCGGCUCGGUCCCGAGCCUAUGGUGCAGGUUCGGAAGAAGGUGCGGCGGCUUCAAGUUGGGACAAUGCAAUGUGGGCGUACACAGUGUCGAUGCUGGCGGUGACAGCGGUGGCAGCAGUGAGUGUGGGUGUGGCUGUGUACAUGCACCGAAGCAAGCAGUGA